AUGAAAAGUUUUCAGGGCGUUUCAUUGUUCCACUCGGUCAAGGAUCACAUCAACGAAACAUUCCUACUGUCAAAUCUCGGCCAAUUUUAUAGACUUAAACUGCUUUGUCAAAUGUAUCUUGCUGAUUACGGCGAGCCAUACAAACCGGAGAAAGAGAAAAGUACAGUUUUGGAGGCCAUCGACUUCUAUCAGCAGGCGCUGGCUUGUGCUACUGGUUUCAAGGGCACCGAAUUCCCUCUUUUUGAAAGUAUCAGUAAAGAACUCGCGGGUACAUAUCUCACUUAUGCAGUAAGAUUGCAAGAUAACAUGGGUAAAUUACUUGAAUGUGGCGAUUUUCAAAAGCUUACAUCCGAAGUACACGAAUUUUUAUCGCGUGCAAGCGCAGGAUAUGAAUACAUUCGCAAUUCUUCAAAAUGUUCUACGUCGAUAGUUGUAUUAGCGGAUCAGCUUGUUGUUGAAAUUAUGUUCCGUUAUGGUAAACUGGCCCAGCAGUCCAUGCAAUACCAUGCUGCUCAUACGUUUUCCGCUCGCAAGCAACGCGACUGCAAGCGUCAAGCUAUUGAACAUUUCAACGAUUGCUUCAAGUAUGUCUUGGGAAAGAUCAGUGCGAAUACAAAGAAAACGGCUCAGAAACAACGCCAGAAAGUAAUUUCAUUCGUGGAAUGUGUUACCGCCAUAAGGGCUGUCUUCGAAAUAGACAUGUGUGUCGGAGCUCUCGAUAUUAUUCGAGAUGCUUACACGCAGGGCGCACUUAUACCAGCACCUUUUUUCCUCUAA